AUGGACACCCCAGGCCCGGGAGUCGUAAAGGACUCCCAAGAACCAGACCCCGAACAAUUACUGCCCCUCUAUACUCCCAAAUCAGCUGGAUUCGGGUCCCCGAUUGCCACACAGGAGUCAUACACCAAUCCUCGCCGCAGUCAAGUCCGGCAGAUCGCAAAAGCCUCUUUCCUUGAUGACGACGAUGACAACACCGGUCAGGGAGCAGAAGAGCAGUACAGCAAUGACGUGAAUGCCGAUCCACAAGAUCCGUUCGACGAUCGAAAACAAUUUGACUCCACUGCUUCGGAACCUGAUCUAGCACUGGAUGGAGAGAGCAACUGUAGUUUCAACAUCGAUUCCCCAACUCCUCGUGCAUCCCAAGCCGCCCACAUGCCACCUCAAUCCGCUCAACCCAUACCCAUCCCAAGGAGCAGUAGACCUGAUUCUACUGAUCCAUUCGGGCUUUUCGAGGAGCUCAAGAAACCCCCUCCAGCGGCAGUAGCUUCGAAGAAGCCGUCCCACCUGAAGCAGACCCAGAAGCCAGGAUCGGCAGGGCAGGGGACGACACCGGCACGGGCAAAACGUGAGGCCACUACCAAAGAGACUGCGUCCAAGCCCAAGGUAGCAGCGAGGAAGGCCCUUGCUGUUAACAAAGCGAAAUUGCCUGCGCUUGAAUUGGAGGGUGAUACAGAGACAGCGAGCCCGGUUGACCGCAAGCCUCAGGAGCAUGAUUACUCGCUACCCGCAUCCAACAGCAGCUCUCCUGCGACGUCUCCGGCCAAGAAGAAACCCGCGCCCAGGAGUUCAGCUGCGAAGAAGGCGGAGCCCAAGGCCAACGCACGGGCAGCGAAGAAAGAUUCGAAAGCCCCCGUGAAGCAAGGGAAACGGCCGUCAGCAGAUCGUGCAAAGCAGGCGAAAGCUGCGCCUGAUCCAUCAUUUAACAUGAACUCAGAGGUCCAAACAGAUGCGCCAGAGGACGAAUGCGAGAACAAUGAGCAUGAGCAUGAGCCUUCUGGUCUCAACCCAGGGCCUCAUGAAGCGGGAUUGCGUGAGACAGUGAGCCCCCGGGCCCACAAACCUAGCUCACCUGUCAACGAGGAGGGCCAAGACCACAUCACGAUAUCAUCUGAAUCUAUUUCUUCGUUCCCAGAGUCGGACAACACAGACGAUGAAGACUUUGAAUGUACUAGAAAGAUGACACCAGCCAAUGCUCGCCGGAGAACGAGGGCCGCUGUUGCUCAAAGUCAGGCCCGCAAAGAAGCUGCCGCGAAAGUCGAGGACAAGUCAGCUCCGGUCUCGAACUCGCAGCGACCCCAAGCGAAAGACGAAAGUCACCAACGAAACCCUAGAGUGCAAUCAAGGGCACAGUCGAAGAAGUCAACCACAAAGGCCGCAGCUGGAAAGUCCAAUGGUGCUGCAGCGCCAGUGAAGUCGACCUCGGAACCAACGGAGGAGACGGAGCCGACCAAGACGAUGUCAGCCAAGACGUGGCCGUCCGAUAAGCAACCCGAGGAAAUGAUCUCGACUGCGAAACAGACAGCCGCAGCUAAUGAAAUUAACAAGGACAAAGGCCACGUGCGGCGGGAUGCUGCUGUGCCACCCAAAGCCAGGUCUACGGGAAAGGGGAAGACGAAUGAAGUUGUGCAAGCCUCGGCACCGGCCAAACUGACUGGAACUUUGGUCCGCAACCCAAAUACCGUUGCUAUUGGACAUGAUGAUCCCAAGAACAACGGCAAGUCGCUAAAGACAACAACGACUGUGGACUUGCGGUCGGAAGAUCAGAGGCUCGGUCCCAGCAAGGGGGGACAAUCUGCACCCAGCAAGACGAGGACGGCAAAGGAGAGCCAGAACGCCCCUAGAAUGCGCCUGAAGACGACAGUCGAAAGUGAAGGCAGUCCCAGCGAAAACUGCGAAAUCGGCCAGAGCCGAUCUUCACGCAACACCCAGCCGAACGGGGGUCAGGUGAUUCCAGACCGGGCAACCCCUGAAGCCGACAAGAACACCUCCGUAGUGCAUUCCGAUGCGGAGACAACGGAGCCCAACUAUGAAGCUGAGUGGGCCGACGCGACUGAUACAUUUGUCCCUGGCGACGCCGAAGAUGACACAGUAGUGGAGGACGCAAUGAAUGCGGUAGCACAUUCCUACGGUCGGCAGAAGCAUGGAGCGGCGCAUGACUUUGACGGCACCUGGGGAAGAGAGGUACUUGAGCCACUCCCAGAGAAAAUUAAGUACCCGCAGAUAGGAGAGCAUCGCACUAUGCUGGGGGAAGUUGAUCCCAACAUUCGCAGCCUCCCCAAAGAUGCGCCAAACGACUUACCGCAUUUGACGAAACGAAAGUUUCCUGUGCUGACCACUGCCCCAAAAGUGUCGGCUGACCAACAACCACUGAUGUCGAAAACUGAAUUCCAGUACAGGGACUUUCCCACGUUGCGGAAGAGCUCGGCAGGCGUUCCAUCAGAAAGCGAGGGGCCGCCCAUGAAGAAGGCGAGAUACAUUUCAGCCCGCCCAGUCCGAGUCCACGGAGACGCCAAUCACGACAGACACCCAUUUGGUGGACUAAACAGUCUCAACCGAGGGGCCGAUAACGAGAGCCGUGACGACAUCUUUGGCUCAAUCAGGAAGGGCAAACUUUUCGCAGCAUCGGCGUUUACUCAGCGCUUGAUCAAUAGCGAGUCGGCAGAUCAUGAUGCUGGUCAAGUUGGACCCGUAGCACAGGCCGCAUCGGGCAGGGCUGCUGUUCCUCGCCAAUCUGCCGCUCCAUUCUAUCAUGCAAGUGAAGCCCGCUCCGGUGCCCCAGAAGUCAUGUCAACGCCAGUGGGAAACCAGAAAAUGGAUGACAUGGGAAAGAGGAUGCGGGCAGCAUUGGAGUCAGAGGAUGAACGAGCACCCAACCCACUGGCUUCGGGUGACGAACGUGGAAAGAGCUUUGCCCAUGGUGAGGUGCAGGGCCCUUGGCCUAAUGAUGCAUUUGAGCAGAGCAAGACCUCAGAGUUGGAGGAAAGAACACGUGCUUGGAAGAAGGCAACGGAGCCAUACGCCGAGACCCUUGGGGAGACGAUGCACAAGAUUGUCAACACUAUUUUGCGAGGCCUGAAAGCAACCGAAUCAUCGAUCGACGAUGUGGUUGAGGACUACAGAAACGAUGGCCAACGAGUGGUGGAAAGAAUAGCAGAGAAGCACCGGAAGGAGAAAGUGCUUGUCAUUCAGCAGCAAGAGCAGGAGCGACUGCGACGUCUCCAGGCCUACGGCCAAGCCCAGCAGGUCACUGAGAGGGUGCUGGGCCAGCUGGAGUCAGUGGACCUUGACACAAUAAUGGUCGACAUGGCGAAGGAUUCGCCUGCCAAUCGCCUGCAGCAAUUGAAGCAGAGGAUCAGGGAUGUUUGA